UUCGCAUGUUCCGUUCUCCAUGGGACGUCGACUUUAAGCACUCGACGUGGAAAAGUGCAAAUGGCGAUCAGUGAAAUAUCUCUCUCGUUCGCUCAUUCGCAAAUUAUUUACUGUGUUAGUGCAUAUGUACAUGUAGCUUGUGCUUAUACAGCUCAAUACGGUUAAUGUAAAGGCUGAGUACUGAAUUUUCACAAUGUCUUGUGGGUAUUCAAUUUGUCAGCAAUACUCAUGAAGAAGGUACAAUUGCAUUGAUUUAUCGAUCAUGGUUUACGCCUCUGAAAAGUCAAGUCUGGUGGCCUCCAUACAAGACUAGUGUUCAAUUUAAAAAAGCACUUGUUUACUGAAGAACAAGUAAACGAAAAUACAUGGGCAUUGUAUGAGGUGAAACGUAUAUUUUUUACUUGUGAUGAAUUUGAUAAGGCCUUUGAAAAACUAAAAGAAUGUGAAGAAGUGUCUGAUUUACAAUCUACUGAAGUAGAAGAUGACGUACAAAGUAAGAAAACGCAAACCAAAUUUAAAAUAUGUCAUAAGUAGUGAAGACGAAUACGAUGAAAACUGUGAUUCUCUACAGCCAUCAGCAAAACUUGAUAAAUCAGUACAAUUGAAAAAUGGACCUUGCAAAACACAACGUAGAGAUUGUGUAUUACAAGAAAUACCUACUAAUUCUUUUGCAAGUUACACAAAUAACGAUGCAUCUAUAAUUGCUCCAACUAUUAACACUAGAACAAAAGUUACUAAUUCUACGCUUAUAAAUAAAAAUGAAAAUUAUACGAAGCAGGUUGCAGAAAAAGGUAAGCGUCAUUGCUUAAUAUAUAUGUUGUUCGCACUUUGAGUGAAUUAAAAGCAUGGCUUGUUAAUCUCAUUGACAGUAAAUGUAUUCUAUUGCCUUAUACUAACGAUAACAAUUGUUACGUAUGCUUACCAAUCGUACAUGGUUUGGACUAAUGUAUUAGUUCAAAUAUCCUCUAAUAUGAGUUUUUUUUGUUAUAUUCCAUUUAAUUUACGAAAGUGUGAUAAUUGAAGAAAUGAUUUUAGUUAUACU